AUGCCUAAUGGAAAACAGAUUCCCUAUGCAACAUAAAUGGAUUUAGCAGAAAUACCAAAUGAUCUUCCUUUAAUUAAUAAAAUAAAGGACUUAAUAUAUUAAAAAGGACCGAUAUCAUUAAGUGAAUAUUGGCAUUUAGCAUUAUUAGAUGAAUAACAUGGAUAUUAUAUGAAAAAUGACGUAAUUUCAGCUAAAGGUGAUUUUAUUACAUCAGUUGAAAUAUCUUAAAUGUUUGGUGAAAUUUUAGGUAUUUGGACCAUAAAUACUCUUUAAUAAAUUGGUGCUAUAAAUUUAAGUAAUACAAAUUCAGAUAGAGAUAAAAAGAAAUUUUCUUUAGUUGAAUUCGGACCUGGAAGAGGUACUUUAAUGAGUGAUAUAAUAAGAGUUUUAUACCAAUUUAAUCUUUUAAAUGGCAUAGAAAUAAAUUUAAUAGAAUAUUCGCCUUAUAUGAGAAAAUUAUAGCAAGAAAAAAUUAUUAAUUAGCUAUAAAAAUACGGAAUUUAUAUGUCAUAUGAUUAUAAUGAAGCCAAAAAAAGUAAAGUAGAACGUUUUGUGAGCGAAAACAAAGACAUUAUUAUGAGUAUAAGAUGGUUUAAAAUGUAUGAAAAUAUGCUUUUUGAAGAUUUUGGAGAUUUAGUAAUGCCUUAAUUAGAUUAGAAAAAAUAAAAAAGUUUAAAGCCUAUAAUUGUUUUUGCACAUGAAUUUUUCGAUGCUUUACCAGCACAUUAAUUUGUAUAUUAAAAAGGUAAAGGCUGGUGUGAAAAAUUAGUAAAUAUUAAUUACGAUUCAAUGAAAAUGAAAAAUUUUGAUUGGAUUCAUUCUGAUGGGCCUAAUGAGAAUGUUGAGAAAAUUUUGUAACCAAAAAAAACUUUUGCAAAUGAAAAAAUGAAAUAAAUAAUAGAUGGUGAUUAAAUAGAAAUAUAAGCUAAAUCUCCUAUAAUAAUUAAUUCUUUAUCUGAACUCAUAUAAAAGACAAAUGGAGCAAUUCUUUCUAUAGAUUAUGGUGAAAACUAAGCAUUUUCAAACAGUUUUAGAGGAAUUAGAAAACACAAAUUUAUCAAAAAUGAAGAUAUAUUGGAAUAUCCAGGUUAAAUAGACCUCUCAGCUUAUGUAAAUUUUGCUCAUUUAGCCGAAGCAUCAUAAUAAGUGAAAGGAAUAAAAGCUUACGAUAUAAUGACUUAAGGUUUAUUUUUAGAAUCUAUGGGUUUAAAUACAAGAUUAGAAAUGUUAUGUAAAAAUGUAAAUAUUUAAAAAAAAAAAGCUUUAGAAGAAGAAUAUUAUAGACUAGUAUCUCCUGAAGAAAUGGGAGGUACAUAUAAAGUAUAAUAUAUAGGAUUAUAAAAAAAUGGAGAAGUUUUUCCUUUUAUAUCUAAUAAUUAAUAAAUAUAUUAUUGA